UCCUCAUCUCCACCACCAUUGUGUUCUUCGCCUAUCUCUCUCUCUCUCUCUCUCUCAAAUCUAUAAUGAGGAAACCUUGCUGUGAGAAGCUAGAUACAAAUAAAGGAGCUUGGUCCAAGCAAGAAGACCAGAAGCUGAUAGAUUACAUUAGCAAACACGGUGAAGGUUGCUGGCGUACCCUCCCAAAGGCUGCAGGCCUACUUCGCUGCGGUAAAAGUUGUCGGCUGAGAUGGAUAAACUAUCUACGGCCAGACCUUAAAAGAGGCAACUUUGCUGAAGACGAAGAAGAUCUCAUCAUAAAGCUUCAUGCACUCCUAGGCAACCGGUGGUCGCUAAUAGCCGGGAGAUUGCCGGGACGCACAGACAAUGAAGUAAAGAACUACUGGAACUCUCACCUGAGAAGAAAGCUCAUAAACAUGGGUAUUGAUCCGAAUAAUCACCGCUUGAGCCGCAGUCUCCCUCGGCCUCAAGCCCCGAAUAUUACAUCUUCUUGUGCAACAUUAUCUGAUGAGUUGAAAUGUGGUGCUCAUGAUGAUGAUCAGCAGCCGGUGAAAUCCCGAGGCGAAAACGAUCAAGUCUCCGACGCCGGAAGUUGCUUCGAGGAUGACUCGGGCGGCUUGGUGGAUUUAAACCUUGAUCUGACAAUAAGCAUUCCUUUUACUUCACUUGCUAAUGUCGAAGAGGAGCAGAAACAUAUUAACGUGUCAAAUAUUAAAUCAACAGAGCUAGACUUCAGUCCUCCCUCUCCGGCGCCGCUUCUACUCUUUAGAUAAUUAAUUCCUGUCUUUGUGGAGAAAUAUUUCGACCAAACUUUCAAGUACGGGGUUUCACUAAAGAUUGGAUUUUUUUUAUUUUUUUUUUUGGAAGAAAUGAAGGAAAAGGAUGGUGGGAAACGUACGACCAGGCACGUGCCUAAAAGGAAAGAGAACCCAAAGAGUCACAGCAGGAAUCAGCCAGUCUUACGUUGUUAGCUUAUAAGGCAUUAUAUAUGGUCGCUCAGAUGGGGCACAGCCGCACAGGAUCGUAUAUCUGAUUCCCAAAGAGCUUAUUUUCUUGCCAAUUUAAUUAAUUGCCCAACGUCGAGAUAGAUUCAAUUGGGUCAGCAUACGGCCUGUUCUAAUGAGCUAGCUAGCAAUAUUGUUUUAAUCUUGUAAUUGUGAACUUGAGCAUUUGAAUUUAUUGUUUAUCCACAUUUUGAUAGGGUUCAAGUGUUAAUUAGUGUACGUUUUACCUUUUUGGGGGCCA